CUUUGUGUUGGUUUUAUUUUCAGAGAUUGAGAUAACUCGACUGUUAUGGAGUUUUAUUUUAAUAAGCAAACAAUAUUCUAGUAACUUUCUCAGUGAAGACUUUGUUUAAUAAUGGUUUUACCUGGAUAACACGGUCAAUUUGUUUACGUCAGAAAAAAUAAAACUCCAAUAUGAAGGAAGAAGAACUGACAUACAUAUUGAAACUUCUUGAUCAACUCACAGGAGAAAUAUAUGAUGAAAUCAUACAGCUUUACUAUGACAUAGAAGAAUCGAAACCAUGUAAACAAUUUAGUAAUGAGGCCAUAGAGUUUUUAAAGCUUAAUUUAAAGAACAAUCCUGUCACCACCACAACCAUUCUGUCCUACAUACAGCAGAAUGCUUUGAAAGAUGAUGCAAACUUGAACAAAAUACAAGCACUGUAUUUAGACAUCUUGAAAUAUGAGCUGACUGAGACCAACUCCAUAGACAGACUCAUCUCAUUAAUCUCUCUAGUUAGAUGGAACGAAGGUUACAUGCCUCAGUUUGUGAACCACAUACUGCAACCUAUAGCUGAAGAACACUUCAGACAGUUCAGAAAGCAAAUCCUACUGAGUCUCAUACCACAUGAAAAGCCAGAACUUUUAUCUAUAACAUCAGAGCUGAUGCAAAGAAAUGAGCCUCAGAAGGAAUUCAAACUGACACCUGAGUACAUGCUGGAGCUUUGUUACCAGGACAGGACACACUGGUUGCUGAAGGCUGCCCAGGUGUACAAACAGCAGGUCCAUGACAUGAAGAAUGUGACAUUCAAAAUCAAUAACUUUACUAAACAGAUUCUAAUAAUGGUGCUCAUUGAUCUCACAAACAGUGCUGAAACAUUCGACCUCACCUCCCUAGUGCAUCAGCUGACAAAUAUAUUCUCUAUCCUGGACACUUACACAACUUGUGAUGACCACCUACAAUUCUACAUAACUGAAGUAAAAAGGGAACUGACAAUCAUAAAGUUUUGUUUAGAAAACAAUUGUAAAAUAAUGACGACUUCCAUAUUUAGUCAAGUGUUGGCACAGAGUGCUCUCGCCGUGAUAUCUCAAGUAUGUAGGCUUUCUAAAGUAGAUAGGUAUAAAGUUUCGAGACUUUUAAAUACAAACAAUGAUUUUAUAGCAGAGUUGAAAACUUUAAAAAAUAAAAUGACAAACAAGAGUCAAGAGAAAUCUAGCUCUAACUGGGAUGUAAUGACGUAUAAUAGUUACUGUGCAAUAACUAAAAUAAUUGACACAAUAGUCAACUCCUCUGAAGGAGUAGAUGACUCUCAGAGUACUGUGUCUUCCCUGGAUGAACUCAAACGCCUAGUGCUAUCAAUUCAACCUUUACAGAGCUGCAUAGAAGUGAUAGAGAACAUUUUCUCGUGUCUCUUCUUGAGAUAUGAAUACUUUUCUUGUCAUGAGCACAGUCAGGACUACCCUUGCGGAGCUCACUCGGAUUGUUCGUACUUCUAUGCCAAGAAACAGACAUCGACCUCGAAGAACAUAAACAGCAGUAAUGCAGGGUUUAUGUGUAACUCGUAUACAACUCAACUAGUACUGAAUACUUUGAAAUUAUGUUUGGAGACUUUAGAAGAGAAGUUUCAAGUGGAUGAUGAGCAGGAGGUGUUUCUGAGGCUUAAGAAGUUGGUAAAGGUGGUUAACCAUUCGAUUUGGAAGCUGCAGUUGGUGUCGACAUUGUCUCCGGACAUGAGCCCCUUGCCUUUGAAGCUGUGUUUGGAUUACGUGGAAGUGGACGAGAGCAGUGAUGACGAGGCUCGAGAGAUGGACCUCAAAGUGUUCAGGAAGAAACCAAAGACAAGACGGAAGAAUACGAGCUCUAAACAAGAUGUUGAACAAGUAAUGUUUGCUUCUACUGUGUCUGAUGAAACUUAUCCAUCCAAAAAAGGGAAUGGGAUCGACUUUAUAUCGAUAAUGCUAGCCAAACCGACCAGCCUUGUGGCGCUUGCACUGUACCAUAAUGACUUCUCUAAAGCGAACCAAAUAUUGGAGAUGUUCGACUUAGCAGAUUCCGAAAUAGCUACAGAAGUAACAUUUACGGAGCAACUGCGAAACUUAAUAGCAAAGAUUAAAAAUAUCAUUUACUAUAGAGAUGACACUCGGUACGCUACCAAAGAACUUUCAGCUUUAUCUGUUGUUUCGACUGAAGUUAUGGGACUUGUAGAAGGUUUUUUAGCGUCGAACAGAGCUCCGAAUUCCUUCGACAUUAUAGAACUAGGCGCUAGACAUCCACACUUACAACUAUACAACCAUCAAAAUGCUCCAUUCAUAAACGCUGUAGACAUUUUAUUAAGCAGUGGUCUCAAUAGAGAGAUCACAUACGGACUAAUAAACGUUGUAGAAAGAAAACUAGCCGAAGUAAGAAAUUCCACUGACAUAGCUGCCGUUAAGAAAACAAAUUACAUACGCUUCGUAGAAGACAUUGCUAGCGUUACCUUCGAGAUUUUUGGGAACACAGAAAAGUCUUUCAACUUCAUCGACAAUAUCUGUGAGUUGAUAACGGACUGUAGAAUACCAAUCAAACAUAAAGAUUUCUGCAAAUUGAAUCAAUUGGCCAAAGAGCUUAGGCAAUCCUGUGAGGACUUGAUUGACGUAGUCACCCCGAAUGAGACCGUGGAGAUUGAUCCCAAUUUAUUGCAGAAAUAUCAUCAGAUUUAUAUGAAUGUCGUGGCAGCAUCUGACAAGGAUUUGUGCAACAUAAGCGAGGUGUCUCGACAAGGAAGUAAGAAGGCGCGCAUCCCAUAUCUACGGAUGUGUUACAUGUACUGCAAAACGGUGUCUCAAUUAGAACAAGAAGACAAUCGUUCCGUAGACAGCGGCUCCGACGUGCCCUACUUCGCGGUACUCGAACGGCAACUCCAUGACAUUUUCGGUCACAUGAUCAACAACAAAGAAAUCCCAGUCACAAAUCUGGAACCUAUCUGCAAGAAGCUAAACGUGAAUCUUAUACCAAAGCUCAUAUUGAACUUUUGUCCUUCAAUCACAUUGGCUGGGCCUCCAAAAGAAGCCAGUGAGGUCAACUUUAACAAUCUACUCCACGUUGUGUACGAUUUCAAGAAUCCAGAAGAGAAUUUGUUCUUGGAUCCCGUUACGAACUUCGCUCCCUUGCCGCGAGCUCCAGAUCCACAGUGCCUUACUUACGUAGUGCUACACAAUUGGGUCCUAGCACACAUUAUCAAGAAGAUCCAUACAUCUCCAAACGAGAACAGUUUGCAACAGAGUAUGGAUGCACGAACGAAGUGUUUGAACAAUUAUAUGGAGCUGGAGCGGUUCAAUUGCACGAAAGAUUUAUAUGGCAACAACAAAUACUUGGCAUCUCUUCAUACUACCGUCGACUUAGACAAGCUGUUCUUGUUCAUGCCACAAUUACUUGAAGCCGGAAAGAUUUUAAAAUGUCUGAACAUAAUAGACUCGUUGUCAGAGCGACAGUUAAUGUGUAGUGCCAAUUUAUCCAAUUUGAGGGACUUGAUUCUCUUCAAACUGGCGACAAAUCCGAAGAUUGCGAAUAACUGGAAGUAUUGCCAAUAUCUGAAGUGCCCUGAGUUGAAAGUGGACCUUAUUUUGAACAACUUAAGCGUCUGGCCCGCGGAUGGGGCUCUUGAAGUUUUGGAUUACCUGCGGUUCUUGCUUAACCAAGACCUUCUAGAUGACGGAUUACAUGAACGAUGUUCUGAUUGGAUUAUUAAAAUACCUUUGUACGACCAGAUUGCUGCUAUAAUGGGUGCGAGUCAUUGGUACAAUAUUUACGAAAAAUCUACAGAAAACCCUGAGAGCGUCAUCGAAGUUCUUAUGGAUAGUCAACAGUUUAAACUGUGUCUGGAAUGGGCAGACGCUCACGAAGUGUCAGAGAACAUGAAGAACUUGAUCGUGAUGAAUCUCCUUCGACAAAUGUUCGAAUAUACGAACCAGGCGACACCAGACCUUGUACACCAACUUCUGCUGAGGCUCCCAACAUCACAGGCCAUGGACCUCAUUCAAGACGAAAUGUCCAAAGUCCGAAAUGUAGAAAUACUCCAAGUUUGCGUAGACUUCAUAUCAGAAAACUCAUUCGAUUGGAAGUCUUUUGAAAACAUCAAAAUAGGUCUACAAAUUAUGCUUGAAAUCGAUCCGAAUUGGCGACAUCUGUUCUGGGAUCUCAUUGAGAGCCCUCUACUGAUGAUCGAGCAGUUCCUAAUGAAUGCCAAGUUGGAUGUCCUCGCUAAUAUCAUAAACAAGAUCUCACCGAGCCUGAAAAAGGAUCCGAGUGGCGACAAUCUAUACUACAAUAUUAAAUCGAUUGAGAGUUUAGUUAUAUCGAAGAAUGCUGUGGAUGCGUUGUUGAGAUUUUAUGCGGAGAAGGCUUUAGACAUGAAGAAUCCGAGGAAUGUGUGUCCAGCGCCACCGAAGCCUUCAGACGACUCUUUGUUGCAGUCGAUAGAUUCUAUUAACAUUGAGGCUGCAAAUAUGCCGUUUAUAAUGCCGGAGCAAGUCCCAAGCAAGGAGCAGUGGACUGAGGACUAUUCGACUGACCGAUGCAUGCUCUGCAGGACGUCGAUGUUUUCUAUGAUCAUUCGGAGACAUCAUUGCAGGAGAUGUGGUAGACUUGUGUGCCACGCUUGCUCCCGCCAUAGGAUGCAAGUGCCAACGUACCCGAGUGGAGUUAAAUUCAGAGUAUGCGAUGACUGUUACACCCAAACGAUGCACAAGAAGGCUAAUUCCGAACAUGAUAUGAUGUUAAGCAGUAAUUCUGACUCGGCGGGCAGUGGAGUGACAUGCAUGGACUGGUGUCUGUCCACUAACGCGAACAGGAACGAUGCUGUUAGAACUGAGUUUGGGUACGAGUUCACGCCUAAUGUCACAUUGUGUUUGUCUAUCAUGAAGAUGCAUUCUAUCAAUUUGGAUUAUCCGAGGUUCCUUCUAGAUCGUAGCGACGAAGUAGCGCGUGAGUUGUCUCGCGGUGGCGACGCGCGCCUACUGGUGCGCGCGCGCCGCUCCCUACUACUCGCUGCUGCAGAACUGUACUCAAGGACUCCACAGGAAUCUGUUGCGGGCGGUAGACUGGUGGUGGCGGAGACGGGCGCGCUGCACGCGGCGCGCUGCCUGGCGCACGCCGACGCCAUGGCCACGCUCGUCACGCACCAGGCGCAGCAUCUGGUGCCGCACCAUGGAGCGCAUCCUAGUCAAAUAGUAAGAUCACUCCUAGAAGCUGAAAAAUGGGAGCUUGCUCUAGAAAUAGCGACAAAGUCAGGUUUACCAAGAAACAGCGUGCUUGCGGCUUGGGGCAAAGCGUGUUUGAAAGCAGGCUGCUUCAAGCAAGCCAGAGAAAAGUUUGCGCAUUGCUUCAAAAGCGCAUUAAACGUUUGCGCAGAAGUUACAGAAGAUUGUGAGAUUGGUAAAGAGGCUUCGGAAUCUCAGUUUAUAAAUAGAAGAUUGCAUAGUAUGAGGUAUUCUGAACGCACUAGUUCUAUGUCGAGCGUACAAUCGGAUGGGCGGCCGCGGUCCAACCCGCCUUUACUGAACGAAAUUAUAUGCAUGCUGGAAGAUAUGAACUAUCCCGUUAACCAGCAGUUGCUGAUCAAAGCAGAGACUAUUAAGUCAACCAACGAGAAACUAACAACAAUGAACACGAACAAAAAGAAGAUACAACUAAGCGAACCAGCUUUAAACAUAAUGCAUACACUGGCCAGUGUCAGAAAGAUCAAGCAAGGAGACUAUAGUGACUUCCAAACUGCUACAGUCCAGCCUAAGAAGAGCUUAGCCCAAGGUCUUUUGCGAAGGAACAAUAACCACACCGAACCGAAGAUAGACCAUCAACACAAAAGACUGGAUCCGUUCUUUUAUAAAGAAUGCGUCUAUUAUUUAACUAACUAUGGGUCUCAUACUGCAAAUAUAGCUUUUUAUAUGAAACAUAGUAAUUUGAGUGAGGUCAUCAAAUAUUGCUAUGAUAAUCUGGUCGAUAAGGAGACUUUUACUGAGUCUGUAUACAUGGAUUGCUUGAAGAAAGACAAGGUCAAUGAUCUUUUGAAGGCUAUGUCGGAUAUUGAUAGUACGCUCGAUAUGUGGUCGGAGUACAUAAUGCACAUUUGCCGAACGCUCGAGAUGUCGAAGCGCCUAGAAGCGCUAUACGGCGUGCAGUGCGGUAGCGGGCAACACGCGCGCGCGGCGGCCACGUGCGCGCUACUAUAUGCGCGCCCCGCGUCCACGCCCGCGCGUCUGUACUCCGCCUUACAUGCCAGGCAGCAUCACCUCUCCGCAGCUCUAAGUCAUCUGUCACACUGUGUUCCUGCACCCACUAAAACAAGUGACUCGAGAUCAUUUCACUUCAACCUAGACAAAGCAACUAUAGACAAUUUAAUGACCACAAUAACGCGACAGAUGGAGCUUGCGAAGUACCUCGCAUCAUGUGAAGCUAGUGGAAGGCUCACUGAAAAAGUAUUAAACGAAGCUAUACCUAUACAGAAUGCUAGGAAGGAGAAUGAAACGUCUGAUGUACGACCUCUAACGCUAUUUGGAUCGACUACAGAUAAAAUAAGACUCGUAGCUGUUGUUCUCGCUAGUGGGCCUACCAUUGAAGUUGGAUUCGAAUUGGCUAUCAAGAUCAUAACAGAACACAAGUUGGACUCAAUGAACAUCUACAUUCACGUGGCGAAGUUCCUGGUACAUUCCGACAGGUUCAUGGAAGUUAAGACGCUGGCCAAAUGUGUGCGGGCAUCUAAAGAAACUGCAGCUAGUCUAAUGAGUGAUCAAGUGUUGGAGUCGGGAGUGAGUGCGGUGGUGACGCGGUGUGAGUCUAGAGGGCAGCUCUACGAUGAACAGGCAGAGAUCCUUAUUGCCGAUAUACAUAGUGUCACUAUCAAGAUAUCCUGUUACCUAGUAUGUCGCAAUGUAAGCAGCGCCUACAUUCUCGCAGCACGCAAUGACCGGACGAAUGAUCUUCGCAGAGUAUUGCAGGAAGCUGAGAGGCUCGGCAACGACCAAGUCAGGAAUGCUUGUCUCAAAAGACUUACUUCUAAGAAUGUCCCAUGAAAGGCAAAAAAGAUUCUUGCCCAUAGAUUAUGGUUAACUUUUUGACAGCUCUUAAGACAAAGCAAGGAGGCUGUUUGUCUAUUUUUAUACUGUGUGUCUAUAAAAGUGUAACACUCUUUUUAACGCCUAAUGCAAUGUGUGCGCUUUGGAGCAAUCUUAAAUAUAAAAACAAAUUGUAAAUAGUACCAAUGACAAUAUUCUCAUUUAUGAUUCAAGUGGAGUAGUUAUUUAUUUCCAAAUGGGACGUUUUCUGACUGAAAAUAUUUAUUUCAGUUAUAAAUUAAGCUAAUUUG